AUGGUCGACGUAGAAAAACGAUAUGUUAGUAAACCAUGGAUUAUGCAUGAAGCAACAACAAAGAUCAAAGAUCGUUUGUAUGAUAAUCAUCUUCCUCCUGUAAAAUCAGUUGGUGACCAUAGUGCAACAGUCAAACAUCGAUUACCUCACCAAUCUAAACAAGAUGGUUCUAAUUUUCUUUCAGCAUUAGCAAGUGGUAAUUCAUCUAAAUCAAGUUUAGUCAAUGGUCAUCAGGUAUCAUCAACAACAAUGACAUAUAAUUCAGCAGUUCAUGAAGCAGCCAAACGUUAUAUAUUACGUAAUAAUAUGGCAAGAUUUUCUCAAGAAUUGUCAUCAGUUCAUUUAACUAAUGGUUCUCAGACAAAACAAAAAUCACUUUAUAAUCAUAUUCAAGCAAAAAUUAAUACUGGUUUACCACGUAUAAGUAGUAAAAAUCCACCGAAAUCUAAUACUCAUCAAUUAGAACCUAUGCGUCCAGUAAAUUGGCUUGAAUUAAAAAAUGCAAUCGAACAAGAUAUACAUAUAUAUGCACAUACAAAACAAAUGCAAUUUAAUUCUGACAAUACAGAUAAAGCACAAUUAACAAUAUUGGGAAAUCUUGUACGUUCAAAAAUUAAAUCUCAUUUAUCAUCUUCAACAGGUUAUGAUGAUAAACGAUAUAAACUUGUUGUUCAUCUUACUGUUUAUUCAAGAAAUACUACUGGAUUACAUGUUGCAUCAAGAUGUUUAUGGAAUACAUGUACAGAUAAUUCAAUAACAAUUAAAAUGCAAGGUGUUGAUUGCAAUAUUCUCAUCGUUGUAUUUCUUUGUUAUACGGAUCUUGGAGCGACAUAA